AUGUACAGCACGCAGUCAUAUGGCCCUGUGCUCUGUGGGUGUGAGUGCGAGUACCCAACAACCUCCAUUUCCUUUCUCACAGGGAAGUUUGAAUGCGACUUGUGUGAGCGCUCCUUCAGUGAAAAAUGGGCCCUGAACAACCACAUGAAACUGCACAGUGGAGAGAAACCAUAUAAGUGCGCCUGGCCGUCCUGCCACUACGCCUUCCUCAACCUGUCAGCCAUGAAGGACCACUACAGGACACACACUGGAGAAAAGUCUUAUCUGUGUGACCUGUGUGGUUUUGCUGGAGGCACAAGACAUGCCCUCACCAAACACAGACGCCAACACACAGGAGAGAGACCCUUCAAAUGUAAGCUCUGCAACUUCGCCUCCACCACGCAGUCCCACCUAUCGCGGCACAAACGUGUUCACACUGGGGAGAAACCGUACCGCUGCCCCUGGUGCGACUACAGAUCCAACUGUGCUGAGAACAUCCGGAAGCACAUUCUCCAUACGGGCAAACACGAGGGCGUGAAGAUGUACAACUGUCCCAAAUGUAACUAUGCCACCAACUCUCCCAUGGAGUUCCGCAACCAUCUGAAGGAAAGUCACCCUGAUAUUGAGAAUCCAGACCUCGCCUACCUACAUGCAG